AUGCAAAUGCCGUCAAAGGGAAGGCUCAUUUCAUCAUCGUCAUCCCUCAGCAAACCACCAUCUUCCAUAGACCCCAUUCAUCAUCAACCACAAAACGAAAACGGCAGCACGAGCAUGGAAUUCAUGACCAACAUACAAUCACAUUCAAUGAAUAGAAACGCAAAUAACAACUUGCAAAGUCUUUCCGAACAACAAUAUUCAAUUCUGCCCGAAAAAUACAAUUAUUCAUCUUCAGCCAUACCGUUCCGAGAGAGUAAGGCUGUUAUUACAUCCACAAGCAUUCAACCUCACCAACAUUCAACAUCUUCAGAUAUAAUUUCCUCUCGACUCGUUCAUCAACGAAAUGUAAAUAACAAUAACCCAUCUCAUAAUUUACGACACCGAAAUCAACCACCACCAAAUGGAAAUUUUAAUAAUUUAUUCAGAUCCGAAACAACAACACCUUUUUCUUCCAUUCAAAAUAUUCAAAAUGUAAAUAGUUACAGCUCAUAUACGGAUGUUGCAAAUUCAUCGGUAAAAGAGAACAACAUCGAAGCCUCAAUUCAAAGUAAAAUUAAGGCUCUUUCUAAAGCUUCAGAAAAGCAAAACGGUUCCAAAAUUUGUUCAAAUUCAUUCACAAAAGAUGGACCAAGAUCCUCUCCAAGAAGGCAUACUCUACAUGUGGACGAUCCAAAGCGACUACGUCCUUCAACAUGCAAGACAUCAAGUGAUGACAAAACUCAACCAUACCCCAUCCCUGUUCUGUCUCCAACAACUAUUGAGGUAGUUCAGAGGCUUUCAGACAAAUAUGUAGCAACCUCAAAACGGAAUAAUAAUCGAAAAGUGUCCACUGCAUUUGUGGCAAAGUUUGUGGAAAUUGAGAGAAAGAAGAGACAAAUGAAGGAUAUGAAUCAGCAUAAAGAAAUGCAAUUGGAGAUGAGUAAAAAUGCAAAGGAAGAAAAAGAAAACGCUGUUGUAAAGAAACUAUCGAGAGAGCUUGAGGAACGCCUUGAGUCCAUUUCGCAAAAACUGUCUUUUUUGGAAAAGCAAUCACACCGAGACAAGGAGCUCAUUCAAUUUUACAGAAAUCGAGAACGUCAUUUCACGGGAGGAAAGCCUUCAAAAGCAUUAACAAGUUCCUUACUAUCAUCCAGUAAUAGCUCCAUGAACAAUAUCCAUCUAGCAGUGAAUAAUUUAUUCGAGCAGCCCGUAGUUGACCCUUUUGAUCUCACCAAAAUGAGUCCUCCUAAAGGAGUCAGCUUUCAAAGCAUUGUUUACUAUUGGAAAGUGUUUUGUAAAAUAACUUAUGUUUGCAGGUUCGUUUUAGCUCGAGAACAUUAA